AUGAAUGAAAGGACUCUUAUUCCAAUAUUCUUCUUCUGGGCUUUCCUUACAAUAAUCACACCUACACUCAUUCUCUUGUCAGAGAAUUCAAAGGCUGACCUCGAUUCAAAUGGAAAUAUAACUGAGGGAAUGAAGGUCAGAAGAAUGAUCAGGUACACACAGAAUUAUAUCAUAAGAACAGAACCACCACCAGCCAAGUUUGAGGAGGAACUGGCCUCAGCACCUGCCCCAGAACCAUUACAAACUCCAUCAUCUGGAACUAGUGCUAGAGUUACUGCAACGGGGUCACACUCAUAUCAUAAUCACACACUUGGAACAAAUACAACUCAUGAUGGGCUCGCUCUCUCCUCUCCCAAAAUACACGUCCAAGUCAAUCAAACAAGUAUCAGACAAACAAGUGUUUGGUGA